UAGAUGAUGGGUUUUUUUUUCCCCCUCUUCCUCUUGGGGGUGCCGCACAGCUGCUACUUCUUUAAGAGACACCGCCCGCCCCCUCGCCUAUAUUUUUAGCUGAGCCAGCUUCUUCAUUUGCUGGAUAAGACAGGCACAUCUCUGAGCGUGGACUGGAAUGGGCUUCAUCGUUUUUAAUGCAUGACAUCAGUUCGCAUCCUGUGGAUUCGCAGUGGGCCCAUGCAGCCAGAUGUUCCCUUGGAGUAUCUCUUUUUCCAGAUGCUGAAACGCGCAGUCACCCCGUGGACGCGCGAUGUGCGUUAUGAAACGCAACGCCGCACCGGAUACCUGAAAUGAAGCGAGAUCAGACAAAUUGAAGGGGAAAUCUAUUCAUCUACAAUCCAGAUAUUCCCUGCAGCGCAGAACCCUGCUCCUCGGCCCGCUGGUUCCUCUUUUCCUUGGACGAGGGGAUCAGGAGAAAACCUUCAAGACGGAGGGGGUUGUGGAGCAUCGAGGGAAAAACAGGGGCAACAUGAGAGAGCGGGACUUCAUGCCCAACAUGGAGAGAGGCAAACCUGCCACUUACACGGGGGACAAAAAGGCUAAAAUGGCUGCUAAGACUAACAAGAAGUGGGUGAGACUUGCCACUGUUUUUGCAUAUGUGUUGUCGGUGUCCUUAGCAGCCAUUAUCCUGGCUAUUUACUACAGUCUGAUCUGGAAGCCAACCAGCGCAUCCUCCUCAUCUGGGAAGCCUGUGGUGCCUGAAGGGGUCUCCCCCACCGCGAACAUCUCAGCAGUUUCUCCGAACAGCAGCGUCUCAGAGUGGAACUCUACACAGACAGUGGUGGUGACCGACAUGGCUGUGAACCGAACCGGGCUGGCCACGACCCCGCGCACUUAUGCGGAAAGGGGGUUCGUCUACGUGCGCGGCGCAGAGGGAGCAGAAAGUGCGCACGCGGAAAAACUGAACGCGUCUUCCCGCGGUGACACGCACACGAGCGUCCCUCUCACCCCGGAGGAGGAGAGCGACGCGGCGACCGAGAACAGCGGCCCCGAGCAGGCGGCCGCGGACGGAGCCACUGUCCCUCCGACUUAGACCCGGAGCUGAGAGGAGACUGACCGGGCCGCCCCUCAUAACCCACCACUGUACCCUCCUCUCUUAUUUAAAAAACGUAAAGUUUUACAUUCUCAAAGCCGCAGGUCGGAUUAACACAAAGGUCUUCUUGCUGGAGAGCUCACUUUGCAGAGCCUCCGUAUGGAUGCUGAACUGCACAUACCAGUAACCUUGAUUUCAUGCCUGAGAACAGAGGACCGCUAUUUUCCUCAAAGAUCACUUUCCCCUGUACUAUGCUUUACUUUUUAUUUUAGAGACAUCUCUAUGCCUUAAAUCCACUUUUGAAGCCAAUUACCUGCCCGAAAGUGUGGACAAAACUGGUAAAAGUGUUUCCAAAUUAUAUAGAACGAUGGCCAGCAUUUUGUUUUCGGUUUUGUAGGACACUCUGUCAUACUGAGGUGUAAUUUAUCAAUUUAAAUCAAUAUUACUUGGCCAACAUUUACUUGUGUGGGACCCAUUUGUGUUACAAAAGGGGCCACAAAUGGGAUUGUCUGAAGAUUUCACCAUAGACAUAGGCUGGUGUUAGAUUCUGGUAAAUGCUACAGUUUUACUGUAUUUACAUUUACAUCAGUCCAGUUGACAUAAUCUUGAAUAAUUCAGUAUUGCAGUGAUGAAAUUCUUUGUUUUUUCUCCCUGGGUGUUUCUUUCUACCAAUUUUUAAUUCUUGGUCAAAGUUUAGACCAAGAAUGCCAGGUAUAAAAAAAUUAAAGCAAAAUCCGUAUGUGCAAAUCAGCGCACACAAUUUCACUCAUGUCUGAAUGAUGUCUAUGUACAUCCUGAAUUUAAUUUAUUACUUUAAAUUUAAUACAUAUAGAUAUUGAACGCUUGUUAAUUUAAUUUGUAUAUUUCAAGAGCUUAUAUGAAUAUAUGCUUUUUGAUGUUCUUCCAUUUAUAUUGUAAAAUAACAAGCUGGUAUUAGCUGGUUAAUUAGUCAAGAUACAGCUGCUCGAGUAGCCUGCCUGCACUCAGGUGCUUUACAGACAUUCAGGUCAUAGGAUGUUAGGUGUCAUUUUAAAACAGUGACAAGUGGUGCGCCUGUAGUUCAGUUUCCACACCAUGACCCGCCAUGUCUAUUGCGUCUGGAAAUAUUCUGAACAGUUAAAUUUGUCUUUCUUGUAACCAUGGGAGAAUGUAGCAGCCAUCGUUGAGCCAGCUGAAUCAGCACUGCACUGCAAGACUUGGGGUAGGACCAUCAGAGGUAAAAAAAAUAAUAAAAUUUAAUCUGUUACAUGUAAUCAAAUUAAGUCUGUCAAACUUGCUUUAUAUAUAUUUGUUUAACAUGACAUCUUAAUAAACGUAUAUUUACUUGGAUAAGCCUAAUUUGACUACUUGUAACAAAUUCUUAUUAUUUUUUUAAAGUUGGAUCACAUUUUCUUUUUGCACUGUACACAGCCUGAGAACACACUGGUCAUUCUGGAAACUAUUUCAGAUGUCAUAAAAAAAUCAUUUAAAUAUAUUAAUACUAUCCAUUUUUGUGCUUUUCAAGCCAUAACUAUUUUAUGUUUCGUACCUACACACAAGUAACCAGCCUGUGUCUAUGAAUUGUAAAAUUAGGAAAAAAUUGGGAAGCGUAUGGGUUGUAACUGUACUGCAUAAUUUGGUUGGGCUAAACCAAAUUAGUAUCCAGCCAUGCUGAACAAAAUUUAUAUGGAGCCAUUACACACAUCUUGGCUGGGUACUUUAAUUUUUUUUUUACAUAUAGCCUAUAAACUGUGCUUUCUUUGAUAAAUUAAACUCUGGAUUCUAUCCCAUUAGAAGAGCCUGCAUUAUUAAGUUAUGCUCAGGUACAGUAUGUGCAUAUAACUAUGUAAAUGUUAUGUGUAUUUGAUUCUGUACAUAUAAGACAGGCAUACAUAUUUUGGCUUUGAACUUUUCGUGGAAAUAUAGCAGAUUUUGAUUGAAAGUAACAGUAUAUACAAUAGGCAUAACUAUAUUCCACCAUACAAAUAAACAUCUGUAGGAAAUGAUUAAUUUCAAUGGUUUUCUAUCAAUUAUCUGUCAUUAUUCUGUUCGUCGAUGAUAUCUUUGUUUAUUUAGAGCAUGUUUCUCGAACUGUGGCACAGGUACUACUGGUGGUACUUGUGUCUGUAGUAGUACUCAGAGGAACAUAUGGUAUCAAAUAUUUACAAGGUAAAUGUAAUGUAAAUGAGCUGUAAUGUAGAGCUAAUAAGCCCAAAUUGCUAAAGCUGUUCAAGCACAUUGAUCUGGAAGCCUAUUUAGAUCAUCUACUGGGAAUACUGAUGAAAACUAGCCUUUUGGUACAUUUGCAUUUAAGUUUAUAUGUUUAUUGAUGUACGUUAUCCCCUUUUGAAUACAUGUAUACAAAUAAAUAUAUAUUAAAAUAAAACAUGGAAGAUAGGAUAGUAUUUUGAGAGCUCUGUUGUAGAAACAGAGGAAGGUGAACUGGGAAGAGGUGCCUUUGGCUGUCAUGCUGCGCUUCAUUUUCUUCUCAAAUUGUAGAUUUGAUGAGAAAAUAAUGUCAAAUCCAACCUUACUGUGUCUGAAAAGCAGUAGGAUUUGCUCAUUUGUUUUUUGUUUUUCGCUUUUUGCACUGCAUGAUUAGACUAGUUAGGAGAGUACUGGGAAAAUCCUAAGACCUUUGCAGGAACUGUAGAUGUUGGGGCCAGUGGGUAUUUCCGGUCACUUGGAGAAGUUGUCAAAAAGAAAAUCUUAAGGCAUAAUCUGAUCGAAAAUAUAACUGUGUAUGUCAAACCCUUACAGUAUAGCAAUCUUUCUCUGCUUGUUGGGACAAAAGGUAUGAAUAAUAAUAUAUCAAAGAUAUGUCAAAAAACUUUACUUAACAUUACAAUGGCAGUAGUUAUUGCGGCACUAAAAUAUACUGAAUGUUUGUCUGAGGAUUUGCAGCUUCCAAGUGUAACUGAAAAGUUUUUCUCAUUAAGGGUAACAAAGCCAUUUUCUGCUCUGUAGCCCUUCUUAACCAACAUAAUUUCGGGACACCCACCCUUGCCUCCUCACAAGUACAAGAGGUUAAUGGUUGAAAUUAGCCUGGCCAUUGUAUUCCUGUGUAAUUCUGCUAAAAAAAAUAUUGCUUACAGCAUAGACUGGGCUCUCUCCAAUUGACUUGGAUUGUCUCCAAUUGAUUUUUAACUGGGUCAAUCAGCGAACAGAAGGAGAAGUUGUGAAUAAUGAUGUUGAUUUUCUGUGAUGUUUUUGAAUUUUAUUCUGCUUAUAGCUUUAGCAAUGGCAGUGCAGGAAGUGAACAAUGCCAUCCAGUCAGUGUUGGUCACACUUCCAAAUAUAUUAACAUUGAUAGCUGCCUCGUUCAGCUCGGCACUUCUCGCUUAGCAUUGGAGCAUGGUUUUUUACAGUACAGGUGAUUUGCUGUAAGCUUCUUAGCAUCUAACUGGUGCAUUUCAAACAUCAAGGGCAAACAGUAGCAAGCGGGUAAAAUUUAAAAUCUCAACACAGUCCACAUCUCCAAGAAACAAUCGUGUCACAACAGCAGAGAGCCCAGAUCGUCUUUAUGAGGCAAAUAGCGAAGGACAAGGGGUUGAUUUUUACCAGAAAAAAUUGAUAAAUAAAUAAAGCAGUGUUUCUUUAUUUAAAGUAGAUUGAUUUUUCCUUUUUGAAUUCCACAUUUUUUAAUUUCUGGGAAGAGUUGAUAAGGCAGAAACCCUGAAAAAUAAAUAAAGUGUAUUUCUGGAGUUGUCACAGCAAUUUGAAUGCAUGGCAGCCCUACUGGAUCUGAAAGUCAGCGUUGAUGUGAAACCUCAAGUUUUCUAGUAAAGAUUUUCUGCCUCUUUUUCAAUCAGGUGCUCUGAUUUUUUUUUUUUUACUACAAACAUGCAAAUGGGUAAUGAUGUGUUGAUUUCCUUGUGUGAUUUAACAUCAAUUUAAGUUAAUGUUUGAGGAGUCUCUUGAGAGCAUGGUUGUACACAAAAGUGCACAAAAGUUUGACAACAAUUAAUCUAAAAAAAUAAAGUUAAAGUAAAUCCAAAUUAGUUUUAUUUAAUUUCACAUCUUCCAUAUUCUUUCAAACCUGGCUAGAGGAAUUUAAAUGAACAGUGACUCAGUUCACAGUGUAAAACAUAACAAUGAGUGUUGUUUCUUGUGAAGGCGUAGGUACAACAGAAGUAAGAGCAACGCCAGCACCGGGACCUCAGCUUACAGCCAGCCCUGUGAUAUUAAGUGUUUAAUCAAAUUUAAGGAGACUCUUCUACACUGUUUACGCAGCUGUAUGAUCAGUAGGGUUCACAUGUUUUCAUCCCACAGACUGGGCCACAAUUCCACUUCAUAAAAAAAAAACACGUGAUGAGCUACAAAGUGGAAACAACACCAACACCUGCUCUGCUCUCUCAGCACAGUGUGAGGGAGGUGUAUCGAUUUGAGUUCUCUUGUUGUUGCUCAGUACAGAGCAGAGAGGCACAUUACACAAUGCUGCUUGCUGCUAUUUUGACUCCGCUCUGUCUUAAAGAGGGAAUCGCUUGGAUGAGAGGCUCGCCUUCUGUGGUGUCAGUGACAGCCAUUAUUCACAAACCGCGAUCCAAAUUAAAUCAUUUGAUUUCUGCUGAGCAGUCACCACCUCACUUUGAUGUAAACAGUGAGGACAGGCCUUGUUGUGUCAGCGUGACAGAUUUGCAGAAUCAAAGCCAAGGUUGUGUGCUAAACAGGAGGUUCAUUCAUCAGAGGAGGCAGCAGGAAAUAAUUACAAGAGCGACUGACUGGUGUCUGUUUACGCGUUUGGUCCUAAAAUAUGCAUAGCCAAUGGGUCCUAUGGCUUCUUUUGAUGGAGGAGUUUAUCUGUGGUUACAGUUAUUGCUGGAAGCUGCAUCUGAGUCAGAGCGCACAGCGUAUGACCUCAUGCCUCUCAAAACUAUUCAACCAAGCAGAUGACUCAAUUAUCUGACGUCAACUCAGUCAUAUGUUUCAAAAGAGUCUAAUGUGAGAUUUGUUUGAGUAGCUAAAGGAAGAAAAUGGGUCACAACUAUUCACGCAAUCAACUCUUGGAAGAAGCAUUUAUUUAUUGUCAUGUAAAUACUUGCAAAAGUAUUUACUUUUUGUCACAGUAAAACAACAAAUUGCAAUACAUUUAAUUGGGACUUUAUGUGAUAGGUCAAUGUAGAGUGGUCCAUGAUUGUGGAGCAGUUAUAAAAGUGAAAAUUUGAAAUUUUAAAGUUUUAUCGCAAUUAAAAGAUAAAAGCAAAGAAUUUUACCUUAUGAAGUAAAAAUCUGUGUGAGUCAUACACACAUCUCUAACAAAUUUGGAGUAACAAUCAAAACACAGCUGGGAAAUGAAGGUUGGAUUACUACUGCAACAUUUCAGAAUAAAGAUUUUUUAAUAAAGAAUGCACUGAAAUAGAAA